UCGAUAACCGGUAUUCGGCUGCAUUGUUGUGUUGUGUUUAUUUCACAAUUUACGCAGAUUUUUCCCCGAAAACCCUUCUAAAAGGAUGCCCAAGGAGAAGUCCAAGUCCCGCCGUCGCAGCCGCAGCCGCAGCCGUGACCCGAAGGGGAGCAGGAACGGUAACCGGGAUCGGGAGCGGGAGCGGGAGCGUGAUCGCAGGGACAACAGCAACAAGGACAAGGAACGCGAUCGUAGGCGGGAAAACGACAGGAGCAGGGACAAAAAGCGGGAGCACAAGGGCCGGAAACAUAGGUCCCCGUCCUCCAGCUCCUCCUCGUCCAGUUCAUCCUCCAGUUCGGCGCCCGGUGGCCCCCGUUCGCCGCUGGCCAAGAGCUCGAUGAAACUGCUGCAGACCCUAGAAGCCCGUCGCCUCGUAGAGCAAAAGGAUCGCCAGCGGAAGAAGGACGAACUGAAGGCCCAGGAAACGCCCGAGGAGAAGCGCGCCCGUCGCCUGCGCGAGAAACAGGCCAAGGAGCAGCGGCGUCGCGAGCGGAUGGGCUGGGACAACGAAUACCAGACGUACUCCAACGAGGACAACCCCUUCGGCGACUCCAAUCUCACCUCCACGUUCCACUGGGGCAAGAAACUAGAGGUGGAGGGCCUGUCCAAUCUCUCGACCAAGACAGUAGAGGUACUUUCGCUCCAGAAGCAGCUGGAAAACCGCAGGGAACUGGAGAAGGUCAAGAAACGGCGGCAGGAAAGGGAGCUGGAGCGGCAGGUGCGCGAGGACGAUCUCAUGAUGCAACAGCGCGCCAAGGAGGCGGUGCAGUUUCGCGAGUGGCAGCGCCAGGAGGACCAAUUCCACCUGGAACAGGCUCGACUGCGCAGCGAAAUCCGCAUUCGGGAUGGCCGGGCCAAGCCCAUCGAUCUCUUGGCCCAAUAUGUGGCCGCCGGGAAUGCCCCGCUGGAGGAAUCGCUCGAGAUGCAGAUGCACGAGCCCUAUGUCCUGCUAAAUGGCCUGCCCAUGGAAGAGCUGGAGGAUCUACUGGUCGACAUAAAGGUUUACGAAGAGCUGGAGCAGGGCAAGCAUAUAGAUUUCUGGAACGACAUGAUCACCAUUGUGCAGGACGAACUGCAGCGGCAGCAGAAGCUGCAGGUGGAGAGCAGCUCGCUCAAUCAGCGCCGGGAUGGCAUCCACCAGGCGGUGGUCAAGGAUGUGGCGGACAUUUUCAGGGGCAAGAACGCCCAGCAGCUCGAGGAGAUGCGGCAGCGCAUCGAGGCGAAGAUCAGUGGACGAGCGGAUGGCGUGGACAUCAGCUACUGGGAGAGUUUGCUAUCGCAACUCAAAGCUCACAUGGCCAGGGCUCGUCUUCGGGAUCGUCAUCAGGCCUUGUUGCGGGAGAAACUGUUGCUGCUGAAGCGAGAAAACGACGAUGAGACGGCGCAGGAGGAGAUGCCUCCACCGAUCAAAGAAGAGGAGAUGGAAACCCAGGACACAGAGGAUCCCGCAGAUGGCGAGGGCCCGCCCGAAGACGAAGAGGAUCCCCUCAAGGAACUGCGCGAUGCAGUGCGUCUUUACCAGGCAGGAAACUACAGUCCGCGCUACAUACGCGAAGAGGAUUUCACCGGCAGACGGAUGCAAAAUGAAGACGACGAGGAGGCGGAAGCAGAAGGUGCCCUCUACGAAGAGGAGGACGAUGAGCGGCGGACGCAAAGGCAGCGUCUGCUCAUCCUGCACCCGGAACGCGUGGACACCAAUCAGCUGACGCCGCAGGAGCUGCGCAUGCGCAACGAGGCGAGACAGGGAAUGCAGGGCGACGAGGCCGAGUUCAGUGUGGAGACCACUUUGGAUGCAGUGCCCCAGCUGGCCACCGACAAGUACCGGCCGAGGAAGCCGCGCUACUUCAAUCGCGUACACACAGGCUUCGAGUGGAACAAGUACAACCAGACGCAUUACGACAUGGACAAUCCCCCGCCCAAGAUCGUCCAGGGCUACAAGUUCAACAUAUUCUAUCCGGACCUCAUGGACAAGUCGCAGACGCCGCAGUACUUCCUCACUCCUUGUGCCGACAACGGGGACUUUGCCGUGCUGCGCUUCCACACGGGACCGCCGUACGAGGACAUCGCCUUCAAGAUCGUCAACCGGGAGUGGGAGUUCAGCUACAAGCGGGGAUUCCGCUGCCAGUUCCACAACAACAUCUUCCAGCUGUGGUUCCACUUCAAGCGAUAUCGCUACAGGCGGUGAAGGACCGGCAUACACCUCAUUCUCCCUGAUACUUAUUUUUUCGUAGCCUUAUAUUAUGUCCAAAUAAAAUGUAAGAAGAAAAAUUUUAGAAAACAAUUUUUUUUAUUUGAAUAAAGAAUUAAGAAAACCUA